AUGCUACGCCACCAACAACAACGUCAGCGAAUCUUUAUUGUUAUUUGUGACAGAGCUGUUUCUGACUCGGAAGCACAGACAUCGCUCAAAGACCAUUUUCGUGCAAUUUUUGCUCCAAAUGCUUCAAACGAAGUGACGUACUACGCGCUCAUCAAUUCCGAUGCAAAGAACGAGGCGAAGCCCCGGUCCCAGAAGGCCAAAGUAAAGGCCGUAAAAGAUCUUCGUGUUUAUCCUGUAACUAAUGUGACGUGUACAGUAUCGAGCCCUCAGAAGCCAUCGUCACAGAGACCAAAAAGUCGAGAUGCUAUUCCCAUCCAGCAUUUACUAAAUACCCCAGAUGGCGACGACUUUGUUGGCCGCUUUCCCAUCCGCAGCACCGUAUCUGCUCCGACCGAGGAUGAAGACGACACUACAUUAGGCGAGGUGGAGAUAGGUUCCGAGACUUCACACUGGAGCGAGGACUACGACGUGAAUGAUGCUUUCGUCGGCGCACAUAUAUCGGAUUUUGACAACCUCAAUUUCGACACUUUCUUUGGUGGCUUCGACACACUCACAUUCAGUUCCUAUCCAGACAUGUCACAGGCCACAAGUGUGGGAGAUCUUGCUUCACCAAUGGCCAUGGCAUUAGAGCCUCGAGCAUUCGAGAUUCGUCAAUUGCUUCUAACGACAGCAUCAUCUCUCUCGAAUGAAUUUCCCCAGUCCAUCAAUCUACUCCAGUUGGCUUCAGAUAUCGAGCUUCUCACUCAUACCGAGCUUGAGCAUUGUAUCAAUUUGUAUUUCGCAAACUACCACAGGCAUUGUCCGAUAGUACACCGGCCAUCUUUCCAACCGACUGUAGCUCCCAUACCUCUGAUAUUGGGUAUGGUGGCCCUGGGUGCGAUGUACUCGCAGGAACGGGCGAAAGUUCUCUGGAUGAAGAACCUUCUGGACGUGAUGGAAGCAUACAUCUUCUCCUGGCCAGGACUGAAGGACGAUUAUAGUGGCUUUUUCACACUCGCCGAAGCCCCUGACGAAGAGACCCUUGACUUUCAAUUCCAGUUAUUCCAAGGAGCUUACUUGAUGGUCGUUGUACAAUUUUUUGUCGGAAAUCUGUCGGGCCGGAGAAGAGCCCGGAGGCAGAGAUUCACGACAGUAAUAAGUAUUGCAAGGUCCUUCCGCCUACCAGUCGCACAGCAUGACGGUAUAAUCACAAUUCCAGAUGAGGUUGCGUUCCAGCAAUGGAUCCGGCAAGAGGUUCGAGUACGAACCAUGAACAUAUUGUUGGCACUCGAUUCUGCAAUGGGCAUAUUCAAUAAUGUCCCUGCCCGCGUUAACUACAUCGAACUCGACCUUCAGCUGCCUUGUCACCCAGAGUAUUUUGAGUUGUCCAGUCAUGCCGAGAUGCUGGCUCGAUCGUCCUUUCCUCAAACACGAAUGAAACUCAUCGAUGCUUUCCAAAGACUGUUUUCUCCUCCCCGGGAGUUGAAGGCAGCAUUCCAUGACGAAACAUUAUGUUGCUGGGAUAUGCUGUAUCUCAUUCAUGUCCUCUUCACCCAUUCCACACAACACUUGUUUGGUAAUCCAAUGAAUCGAGCUUCACCAUCGACGCUCUCGACUGGGUCGUCAUUUAUAAUUGAAUCGAUCAAGACGGCACUGAACAACUGGAAGACCCUGUGGGAUGGGGCCAAGAAGAGGAUGCCUCGACCUUUUGCCAGCGAAAUGGGAUUCGAGACAUCUGCAGAUAGUUACUGGACCUUACUCAGGAUGAUCGUACAGAAGUUCGAGGUCCACUCUGCGAACACCACCACCGCCGAGAUCAACAGUGCCCUGAAUAGCAUGUACGGUGACGACCACACCCAAGCCGGGCUCAAUUCCAACGGCACAAGUCAGAGCGGCGUGUCACUUGGCUUGGAUUUCAUGCCGCUCGAGGCAGAUUGUGAUAAUCAAGGCGCUCAUCUGAGGAAAAUCUUGGGACGAUGAAGGCAUUUGGGCGAAAUUGCAUUGGCUGACUACAAUAUGUCAUCCUAAGGAAGUGACGCAAGCGACCGAGAUCGCAGAGAUCGAUCACGUUGAUAUACCCCAGGUUUAGAAUGGACAUUUUCCAACUGGGAUUUCCAUACCCAUCGGUCUCAUGGUACUGUACAUGGUUCCAGCAUGCAUGCCAUGGCCAAGGCCACCCGUCUCUAAGUUAGUGUCAUGAACGA